CAUUGCAGGGGAGGAAACUGAGGGUGUGAUAAGCAACAAAAAGAGUGAGAGUGUGUGACACACAGAUCAUCUGCAGGACGGCACGCUGCCUUCAGGGACCCCGGGGACGAGCCGAGGAAAGGGAGAGGAGAAGUAGAAGAAGAAACUCUUUGUCUUAUCUAGAAGGAGUGAAGAAGAGAAAGAAUGUCUCUGCUGAGGAGAAACUCCAGCAAACAGGGUUUACAGAACCUCAUGAGGUUGACGGCUCAGCGGAGCAUCGAAGACGCAGAGGAGAUCGAGCGAGAGCGUCGCCGAAGAGCUCGUGAAUCGCUUUGCCGCAGAGAAAAUGGAUCAACACCGGGAGAGUCGUCACCAGGCAGCGAGACGCCGACGGAGGAAUACGACGGCAGCCUGAAGCCCAGGAGAAACUCCCCAUCUCUGGAGGAGGAUGAGGGCUUCAGCGACUGGACUCAACGGCGAGAGAGAAGACGACAGCAGCGCCUGCAGGAGCUGGGUCACCGAGCGGAGGAAGACGAGGAUGAGGAGGAUAGACAUGGGAUUGUCCCUCAGGAAAACGGCACCCAGUCCUCCUCCAGCAGACUCAUGAGACCAGAACAGGAUAAAACCAGAAUGGAGACAAGGGAGCAUGAAGAACAGUUCAUUCGGGCACAGAGGAUGUCGGCAGAGCAGGGUCAAAGGCAGGAAUUGAUGACAAAAAGGAGUGAGGGGAGUCAUUUACAGAAUGCUGAGCCUGAGAGACGCACAGAGAUGAAGGUUUCCUACACGUCCAAAGUUUUCCUUCAACAAGCACCAAAGCACAACGCCUCCAACGGAAACAUGGCUGAUGAGGAACUGACAUCUUGCUCAAACACAAAAUCAAAACGGUCCAACUGCAGCAGAACAGCAGAGCAAGGGGAGGCAGAGGCCAUCCUGGAGACUGAGCAGAGGCUGGAGAAGAUCCGACGGGGCCUGCAGGAGAAAGAGAGUCAGGAGAUGGAGCAACUGAAGCAUCGCCAGGCUGAAGCGGAGCAGGAGCUGGAGGAGCUGAAGAGGAGGAGGGAGGCCAGGCGUCGGGUCAGAGAGGACGAAGAGCGUCAACGAGAGGAAGAGGAGCAGCUGCGUCAGGCUAAAGAGGAGGAGGAGAGAAGACGGAUGAAGGAGGAGAUAGAGAGGAGGAGGAUGGACGCUGCUGAGAGAAUGAAGAGUUUGAGUGUUGAUGGAGAAGAAGCCUUCACUCCCUUCAGUCCGAAAACACCGACGCACAAAAUCACAGAGAGAACCGAGUCUCUGAACCGCUCGCUGAAGAAAAGUAACAGCUUCAAGAAGACACAGCCGCUCGUGCUGCUGGCCAAGAUUGACGACAAGAUGGAGCAGUACGCUCAUGCUGUGGAGAACUCCCAGGAGGCAAAAGCAGCCAAGCCGUCCCUCAACGACCUUCCAAGCUCAUUGGAAGUUGUGUCGUCCAAGAAGAACCUAUUUGAGGGAGGCGACGCCUGGAACAGCAGUGGCCCCACCAGAGCAGGCUGCAAGGAGACUGAUGGGUUGAAGGUGGGCGUGGCUAAUCUCAUCACUCAGUGGGUUAAAGGUCCCAAUGAUGGCAGCAAACAGUCAUUCAGCAAACCAACAGAUGUGAGACCUGGAGAUGUGAUGCAGAAGAAAAACAUGUGGGAGGUGAUCGGAGAUUCCUCAGGGAAGUCUGGACAAAGGACAAAGGUCUCAGCUGGAAAUAAAAAGUACAAAUUUGUGGUGACUGGGCAUGGAAAGUAUGAGAAGAUCCCCAUGGACGAAGACGAAGGAGAAGACUUCACUAAUGGAAAGUCUGAUCUGAGCCACAGCGAUUACUGAGGAAGCCUCUUCAGGUCACUUCAAGUACUUUUUCAUUGAAACAUUUACGAAAAUGACAUCUUUACAGUUUACCAUUAACAUUUGGUCUUCAUGUCAUAUAUUACACAUUUCACUUCAAUACAUUUGAGUCGCAUUUUCAUCGCAAAAUGCCUGGUCCUCGCAUUACUCAUCAACUUUUUUGUCUUUAUUGAACUUGAUAUCACAUAUAAAUGUAUAUAUCUGACUGUGAGUUCUUAUAUCAUGUAUGGCAAGCUAUUGUUGGUGUUGUCUGCAAGGGUGUUGGGUAACAUGUCACCAUAUUUGAUAGAAAUCCAUUUUUUGACAACAUUUCAUAUGAAACGAUUAUUAGUUCUUAGAUCAUCUUCGCCAGAACUGUACAGUGUUUUUUUUUUUUGUGCCUUUGGUUUUGUUUCCGUUUCUCCACUUUGACAUCUUUGACGAGUAUUUCAA